AUGGGCAACAGCCUGGCGACGCCGUGCUUCGCUGAUGGCGGCGCCGGCCGCGGUCACCACGGCGGCGCUGGUGGCGACGCCGUUGCGGCUGACGACGACGCCAUCGGUCACAUUCUGUGCCACGAGGGCCCGGCCUUCGCCUGCGCCAUCCAUGGCGUCUUGCUCCCGUCGAACCAGGCGACGGUGGGGUCAACGGGCGGCGCCGGCGCUUCCAUUCUCAACGACGGCGCCCAGUCCUUCUCCGGCUCGUCGUCGUUUGACAGCUCCAACUCCUUCUCGUUCCGGACGCUCCAGUCGCGCCAGUACUCCGGCCCGCUGGAUUACUGCACGUCGCCGUCGCCGUCGACUUCCGGCACGUCGUCGUCGAGGCAGCUCGGCCCGCGCACCGACAAGCAGAUCCUCGACGACAUCGAAGCCAACCGGCAACGCCGCCGGUGUCAGGGGUCCAAGAGGCCCCCGCUCCUCGGCCGCCUCCGCAAGUUCGUCGCGUCGCUGCUGCGCGCCGGGCCGUGCGGCUUCCCCGAGCAGGAGGAUCCAGGCGCCGUGACCAACGGCCGCGAGGCUCGCCGCGUGAUGAGGAACGGCGACGAGAGCAUGCGGAACGGCGAGGCGACGGCGGACGACGGCGGCGCGGAGAGGGUGCAGUGGGCGCGCGGCAAGGCCGGGGAGGACAGGGUGCACGUGGUGCUGUCGGAGGAGCACGGGUGGAUGUUCGUCGGAAUCUACGACGGCUUCAAUGGCCCCGACGCCACCGACUACCUCGCCGACAACCUGUACACGGCCAUGUGCCGCGAGCUGAGCGGCGUGCUCUCGGAGGAGGAGCCCGACCUCCCGGAGCAGCAGCCGGCGCCGACGGGCCCGCGGUGCAACGGCGGCGCGGCAGCGCGACACCGAGAGGUGCUCGACGCGAUGGCGCGCGCGCUGCGGCGGACGGAGGAAGGGUACUUCGCGGAGGCGGAGGCGCGCGCGGCGGAGUGCCCGGAGCUGGCGAUGAUGGGCUCGUGCGUCCUUGUCGUGCUGAUGAAGGGCGCCGACGUGUACGCCAUGAACGUCGGCGACAGCCGCGCCGUGCUGGCGCACCAGGCCGAGCCGGACCUGUCCCACGUGGUGCUGCCGCGGGGCCACCACGACGCCGGCGACCUCGCCGGCGUGAAGGAGGCGAUCAAGCGGCAGUUCGACGCGUGCGAGAUGGGCGAGCUCGCGGCGCUGCCGCUCACCAUGGAUCACAGCACCAACGUCUACAAGGAGGUGAGAAGGAUCAGAAGCGAGCACCCGGAUGAUCCAGGCUGCAUCACCAAUGGAAGGGUCAAGGGUUCUUUGAAGGUGACAAGAGCCUUUGGAGCUGGCUACCUAAAAGAGCCUCGGUGGAAUAGAGCUUUGCUAGAAGUAUUCCGAGUGGACUAUGUUGGCAACUCGCCAUACAUCUCCUGUCGUCCUUACAUUCGGCACCACCGUCUUGGACCACAAGAUAAGUUCUUGAUACUGUCCUCCGAUGGUCUCUACGAGUACUUCACCAAUGAGGAGGUGGUGGCACAAGUAGAGGCCUUCACAACUAGAUACCCUGAUGAAGACCCUGCCAAGUACCUUAGCCACCAGAUCCUCCUCCGUGCCGCCAAUCAAGCUGGGAUGGGAUUCCAUGAGUUGCUAGAGAUUCAGCAGGGAGAUCGGCGACAGUACCAUGACGAUGUGUCCAUCAUCAUCAUCUCCUUGGAGGGCAAGAUUUGGAGGUCAUCAGAAUGAACUAAUCCUGACCAUACUGAUUAAUUUCUACCAUCAAUAUUGUGUAUUGGUAGCAUACAUGAUGGAAUCCACAAAUGUACAGAAUGUUCAAUCAAUUAAGAGGGUAGGAGCACAUGGAGAUUUUCCUCUUUGUGAGUCAUGAAUCGAUCUCUCGAAGCAAUGAGCAAGU